GCCGAAAACAAGAAUAAAAAAAUAGUUUUAUUCUAAGCUAAUGUUUUUAUAAUUUCAGAAGAUCGUUUAUAGCGGCGUCACCUUCGCUCUUUCAUCAACAUUGCUUACUGGACAAAAUGAUGCCUUUUCGUUGAGUCUCAAUGCUCGAUGUAUGCUUAUACCUCCUAGAUCCAGUGGUCGACGCUUCAUAUCGUAUUGCACAUCUAAUCUCAAAAAUUCAGAUUCUGGGCCUUACAUUUACAACAUCAUUAUGGAAUUUAUGACUCGCUUUCGCACACCUGUUGGAUUUCUUCUUCGUGAAGUAUUAGCGUCAUCGAAAACCUACGACGAUGCUUUGAAUCAUCUAUCAAACACUCCUUUAUUCUCACCUUCAUACAUUAUUAUUGGUGGGCGGAAGGCUGGGGAAGGUGCUAUUAUUUCAAGGUUCGGGAUAUAUAGUAGCUGUUCACCUUCCUUGCAUAUAAUAAUUGAAGCAGAUAUAAUGACUUUGAGUGAGGAUCAAUGCAGAAUUUUUCAGGUAUUAGCGUCAUCGAAAUCCUACGACGACGCUUUGCAUCAUCUAUCAAACACUCCUCUAUUCUCACCUUCAUACAUUAUUAUUGGUGGACGAAAGGCCGGGGAAGGUGCUAUUAUUUCAAGAGAUCGCAAGAAAGCUGCAGAUAUAAUGACUUUGACUGAGGAUCAAUGGUUUUUGGUUGAAACAAAUUUCGAUCAUUGGAAGAAGGAUCAGGACAAGAGAAGGAUCACCGCCGUGAAAGUGUUAAAGGCAACUGGACGUCGCAAUUUAAAUGCUGAAACAAUGCUGAAGGUAUUGCGAACUGUGCCGGUGAAGAAUAAUGAAACUCUUUUCAGCACAGUAAUGAGUGCUCGUUAUCCACUUAUCAUGAGGAACCACACAUAUAUCUGGGCUCCAUUCAUAGCUGACGAUGGGAGGAUCACCGCCGUGAAAGUGUUAAAGGCAACGGGACGUCGCAAUCUAAAUGCUGAAACAAUGCUGAAGGUAUUGCGAACCAUGCCGGUGAAGAAUAAUGAAACUCUCUUCAGCACAGUAAUGAGUGCUCGUUAUCCACUUAUCAUGAGGAACCAUACAUAUAUCUGGGUUUAA